UCCCCCGAUCUGGCCUGCCACCUCCACUGACCUCUUCUCCCUUUCAUCCCUCCACGUCUCUCUCUCUCUCUCUCUCUCUCAUUCUUUUAUUCAGUCCUGGGUAUAAAAUGGAUUUUCCAUUUCUAUUUUUAUUUCUUUUCCUCGCUUCCCGCAAAUUUCUCUCCUCGCCCAUCCACCAAACGGAUGAUGCCUUUGAUUGUAGCAACAACCACAACGAUGUCAAAUACCAAACUCCAUUGCACGUAGUGGCAAUGGAUUUUAUCAAAGUCCCUUUAUUUUCUUGUGGGAUUUCCCUGUGUCCUUCUGCCUGCCUUUCCAUAAACCAAAACACCUUCUCCAAUGUUCGCUGAUUCCUUGGAGGCCAUAGCAGAGCCCACCUGAGUUUUUUGUUUCAGAAUCUUGUCGUGUAAGCCCCUGGCGAUGUUAUUUUGUCUCACGGGUGCAGACUUGAUUGUUAUCAGUAUUUCCUGUCGAUUGAUUCGGCUAUAAAUGCAAGUGGAACAAUAUCAGGAAAAAGAGCAAAUUUCAGGGCAGUGGCACCGUCUGUGAUCCUAAAUUUGAUUGGAAAUGAGGAGGAAGCUUAAUUAUCUUCAGGGAGCUAACUGUUAGAGGAUUUUGUUACGUAUCCUGGAAAUGAUGAGUCACACACCAUCAGAAGACAAUGCGUGUGAACCUGGCCAGCAGGACCUGGCAAGCAAAAGUUCUGCCACAUCAACUUCAAAUAUAUCUAAGGACUUGAAGAAAUCAGAUCAACUGCCAAAAAGAAGCGCCAAUCCUGGCCGUGUCUCUCCAUGUGAACCUUUAUCUGUAGGUCCCAACUCUGAAUUUAAUUCAACCUCCACUCAUAAAUCGCCAAGUGAAUUUAGAAGAAAUGACGCAGUGACUCCAAUUGGUUCAAGUCCAUGCCCAUUGCCCAGUCCUAAAAUAUUUACGGAUACAGAUUAUCUGACAAGUGGAUCACCCGCAAUAUCUUCUAACUUAAAAUCAAGUAAUGCUAAGAGCGGAGUAUCAAAUAUCAAUCAUGGCUGGGGCGGUGUUAGCAGCAAUCGCAGUGACAGCUUAGAAAGUACAAGUGCACCCCUCAAGCCCCAUACUGGUGGUGAUGGCAGAUGGGAUGCCAUAAAUUCUGCUUCUCAAAGAGAUUCUCAUCUUGGCCUUAGCAGUUUUCGUCUCCUAAAGCGCCUUGGUUAUGGAGACAUUGGAAGUGUCUACCUUGUUGAACUCCGAGGAACAAAUGCCUUCUUCGCCAUGAAGGUUAUGGAUAAAGGUUCUCUUGCAAGCAGAAAUAAGCUACUCAGAGCUCAAACAGAAAGAGAGAUUCUUGGUCUUCUUGAUCAUCCUUUCUUACCUACCUUAUAUUCUUACUUUGAGACUGAUAAGUUUUAUUGCUUGGUCAUGGAGUUUUGCAGUGGAGGUAACCUUCAUACUCUUCGGCAAAAGCAGCCCAAUAAGCAUUUUACAGAGGAAGCUGCCAGAUUUUAUGCAUCAGAGGUCUUGUUAGCACUCGAGUAUCUGCACAUGCUAGGAAUUGUUUACCGGGACCUGAAGCCAGAAAAUGUCCUAGUGAGAGAAGAGGGCCACAUCAUGCUUUCCGACUUUGACCUCUCACUUCGUUGUUCUGUCAGUCCAACACUCGUAAAAUCUUCAUCUGUUCAUGUGGCAAAUCAGAGUGAAAUUCCUGGUGGCAUCUUGGAUGAUGACCAUGCUGUACGUGGGUGCAUGCAGCCAUCAACUUUUCUUCCGCGCCUCCUUCCUACCAAAAAGAAUCGCAAAUCCAAAUCUGAUUUCGGGCUGGGUAACAAUUCUAACUCCCUUCCCGAGCUAAUGGCUGAGCCAACAAACGUUCGUUCCAUGUCAUUCGUUGGGACUCACGAAUACCUAGCCCCGGAGAUCAUCCGUGGAGAAGGGCAUGGCAGUGCAGUAGAUUGGUGGACAUUUGGCAUCUUCUUGUACGAGCUCUUACACGGAACAACCCCGUUCAAGGGUGCUGGCAACCGCGCUACACUCUUUAAUGUUGUUGGCCAACCAUUAAAGUUCCCUGAAACUCCACAGGUUAGUCUUACAGCCAGGGAUCUCAUCAAAGGGCUCUUGGUGAAGGAACCACAGAAGAGAAUUGCAUACAAGAGAGGCGCUACCGAAAUCAAACAGCAUCCGUUCUUCGAGGGCGUGAACUGGGCUCUUGUAAGAUGCGCCACGCCGCCACACGUUCCUGAACCUAUAGACUUUACGCAGUUUGCGAGCAAAGAUUCAGGCCAUUCGGACAAGAAGGUUGCGGACAUGGGAGGUGGUGAUAAGACCAAAAGCAACUCAACUGAUUCUUCUUAUGUUGAAUUUGAAUAUUUCUAGGACCGGAACGUCUUGACUUUAUGAUAAUGAUGUAUGCAUCUUUUCUGAGAGUGAGAGUGAUUUACACGCUAAUGUUGGCAGGUUGAAAUUGUUCCGUGGUUUCAAUUUUCUGGAUGGUAACAUUAUGGGGAUGGGAAACACAAAUUCUUGUGAGG